AUGGGUUCCACCCAUUCGUCCGCAGAUGAGUCUGACUCAGGGACGGCCCACCCCCAGGAGAUGGAGGUUGAGGGCACUCAGGGAGGGGAGGAGGUCUCGAGGGACCCCUCUGUCGACCUUCUUCUAGGUCAAUACGCCUUGAAGUUCCGAGACACAGUCGAGGAUCUUCCUGGCGAUCUCGAGGUAUUGACCACCUCCAUUGUGAAGGCCACAGACUGGGUUCUGCGGGCCGCGCACCACAAUCCGCUCACCAUCGAUGGGGGCGAUGCCUUUGUGGCCCAGAUGACGCGAACUCAACAACUUUUCUCACUCGCCUCUCUCCUUGAGGCUGAGACGUCUUCCAAGGAUGAGCCGACCAUUCACCUGGCUCCUGUUUUCAGGCCUCCUCCUCCCGCAGCCUGUGGGCCGCUCAACGAGGGUGUCGUUGAUGUAGGGGCCCCGCCUGACGUCCUCAUGCAGGCAUUGGACGACCUGGGUUGCCCUGCCUCCCCUGCUCGUAUCCCCGCUUCCAAGAAGCGUAAGGGUGUCGAUCGUCCGGUCCCACCUCCUCCUCAGAAGAAGAGCAAGGUGGCCUACUCUCGCCCUGGUCCACCUCCGCCGAUCAACCACGCUACCAAACCCAAGCCCUGUCCAAUGACGUGGGCAGGGAUCGCACGACAGGCCGCUCCAAUGCCUCCCCCGCCUCCUGGCUUGGGACCGCAGCGUCGCGGGCCUUCUCCUCCUCCCCCCGCAUUCCCAAUGGGCCCGAUGAAGACUUCUCCUCAUCAGUCCGUUCCUUCUUUCACUUCCGAGGGCCCCACCCGGAAGCAAGUUCUCCUGUCGUUUGGGGGUACCCCUCCCGACCUCACGAAGUUCUUCACCGACUCGGCUGUCCGUGCAGCCAACGGAUAUCUCAGGGAUGGGCAAUCUAUGUUGAAGGUCACCUCCAUCGUCCGCGCCUACGACGGUUUGUCAUUGGUCACCCCCGCUGUUGCCAGCCCGUCCGACCUGGACAUACUGCGCAACUUCAUCCGCGAAAGCCUCCCAACAGGUACUCCGUUCGAGGUUGCACUUCCGUCGUUGACAUCUUUCAUAAAGAUCCUUGAUGUUCCCUACUUCGAUCCGAAAGGGUUGAAGAUCACCCAGGAGGCGCUUGAAAAGGCCCUCCGUACCUCGGUUCAUGCUGAGGUCUUUCGCAUAUCUGAGCACCAAGCCUCGGAUCGACCGCAACUUGGUGCACUCGACAUCGUGCACCGUGUACUGCAACAUCUGGGACUCCCAGCAGGGAACCUGAGCCAAGAAGGCCUUAGGCCAACCAAUUUCCUCACUGGGUGGUCCUGCGCUAUCAGGCCUGCUGCGCGUCACACUGGGGUCCCGCUAUGCCAGCGCUGCUGGAAGUGGGGCCACCCCACCGUCGCCUGCAAGGCGAAACAACUCUCUUGCCCCAUCUGCUUGGGUCCGCACGAGCAGAAGGAGCACUGCCAGCAUGCGGGAUGUUGCAAGGGUAACGUGAAAGCGAAGCCUCCUGUGCCGCCCACCCCUCGCGACCAGCCUUGCCCCCACAAGGGCCGCUGUGUCAACUGCCACAAGGACCACGCCGCCAACUCAGCGUCGUGCAAGUUCUGGGCCCAUUGCUACAACCGUGAGUGGAUCAUGGCCCAGUAUCGUCAGACUAAUGUUGGGAAACCAGCAGGAUCUAAAUAG